AUGGACCAACAUUCUCCGAAACGCAAGCGUCUGUCUUAUGCCUGCAAUUACUGCCGUCAGAAGAAGACCCGAUGCGACGAACAACAGCCAUCCUGUCGUAAUUGCCGCGUAGCAGGUGUCGAAUGCAUCACAACAGACAAACGGCGCUCGGGUGUCGUCGUCUCUCAUCGGAGACGCACCGCUGGAGCAACAGCAACCCCGUCAAUGUCUCCUGCAGUGGUUGCAGCAACACCCGAAUCCGGUCCAUCGCCAUUACCUCCGCCAAGCCAGUAUCAUCCGCCGGUUCCAGCCCAAUCAUGGGAUCGCUCCGGUUGGAGAUCGGGCCGACUGCCGAUGAUGCCUCAACUGGUUGGGGGGAGCAUGUUUGAGAUUAUGACUGAAUGGCUCGACCUUGCGUUCUUUCGGUUAAGAGUUCCGGCGCCGUAUGCUGCGCCGUCGCCUCCUGGUGCUAGGUUGCUUGUUUCUGACGAACCGCCGCGACUUCCUACCCCGGAUCUGAUGCGCAGAUACAAGCAAGCCUUUUUCGACACGCUGUGGAUACUAUUUCCGUUCCUCUCCGAGGGCGAUCUAGGGGAUAUUGAGGACAUUGAUGAUGCCACGAAACUGCCCUCCCAACAAGCGCUCUCAUACCUUGUGGCUGCAAUUGGUUGCAUGACGGACCCGCAGUCGCAUCUCCUGGGUCCCACGAUCAACGCUUAUAUUCAGCAAUGCAAUACACUUCUCGGGCACAUAAUAGCGGAGCGCAGCCUUGCCUCCGUUCAAGCUGUUUUGUUGCUUGCGAUUGUGUUACGUAGCUGCGAUGAAAUAUCAUGGGCGUGGGAUAUUCUCUCGCUUGGUGUUUCGAUGGCCCAGUCUAUCCGCGUCAAUCAAGAGGCAAAGACACCUGGCAAUGGGUCUGCAACUCCGGCCUGCGCAACCUGGUGGUGCAUGUACGUGUUCGAGAAAAUUCUGGCCUUCGAGUGCGGACGCGCAUCCACGAUCUGGGACAGAUGCCUUUCACAGCAUGCGCUUCCGGGCGAGAACGACAUGAUGGGGGGAAAUGACUUGAGCUAUCAGAAAACGUGCAUUGGCCUGGCUAAUACCCUGCGUGAAAUGCAGGACCGUGCAGCUGGAACGUGGCGACGCGAGGAGUGGUUACCGCAGACAGUGGAAGAAGCGGUCGAGGAGAAGUUGCGGGUUGGCGGAGAGUUGGCAACAAUGUUGAACGACUGGUGGAAGGACGUUCCCUCUGAAUAUCGACUCACCCCUAAACUCGGAUCUGCGUCUUCAUCGGAUCGUGCAAGAGCCCAGCGGUCGGCAUUUCUCUGUUUUUACUACAAUUACGCGUGGAUUCUACUAAACCGAAGCGGCCUCCUUGUGGAGGAAAAGGAGAUGCAAGAUGUGCUUGAACGAUAUGCGAGGGGAAAGCCGUGGCAUCAUCUUAUCGCCAACGGCACGACUACCUGUGUUGAAGCUGCAAGGGAGUCAAUAAAGUUGAUCGUGGCCUUGGUAGACUCAAGGCAACCGAGCUACCUCACCUCCAUGGUAAGCCCCAUUGGAGCAGUAUACGCCCUCGCUGUCCAUAUUCUCCGCGAACGCAACUCAUUGCUCAUUCGAUCUGACUUUGAGCUUAUGAAAGUUGGGCUCGCAAUAACUCGACACCACUACCAGCGGCUGGAUGGAUUUCAAAGGGCCGAGGAAACACUCUCGGCAGUUGAAGCAUAUGCCGAAAAAUGUCUUGGGGGUCAGGUGCAAGACGCUUUCUCUGUGGGCCUGGACUUGAGCGUACCCCCAGAUGAAUACUCUACGAAUAUCGCGGGCUUCGGAUGGGGCCCAUCUGGUCUUGACUGGGCAGGAUGGGAUUGGAACGACCUCAGCCACCUGUUUGAACAUGGAGAGUGA